CGUCUUGUCACACAUUGUUGAAUUUGUAAGGAUUUAGUUGUUUUUUUUGCAUGUUUUGUCAUGUCUGUUUGAUACGAGCGGUGUCUAGCUCAAAGGCAAGUGCCGCGCUGGGGGCUGCGAUGUCUUGCACAACAGCAUUUGUGUUUUUGAUUUGUUUAGUCUACCUAUCGUGGUGGAAAUAAGAAUAAGUAAAAUUUGCUAUGUUUAGUUUAGUCAGUAAUAGAUAGUAGUAAGCACAACAUGUAUUGAAGUAGUCUUGUUUUCCGCAUUUUAAAAUAUAAAAGUUAAUUCUCGUUUUGAUAUCUUCGUUGUUUAUUUUCAACAAAAUAAUUUCCCUUGGAUUCAGUUCCGCGACAAAACAUUUGGCGACCGUGACAGGACUGUUUUUGGGUUAUUAUUAUUGAAUUAUUGGUUUUUGGGUGUUGUAUUAAAACGAGAAAAAUGGAACCGUUGAAGAAGAAAAGAACUGUGUUAAGAAUUGGUUUUACGAAGGCCCUGAAUUCAUUACAAGUGAUGUUGGACAAUGCAGAAUCUACAAUUGCAAGUUUGAGAGUCGCGUUUUGUACUUUGGAAGAUAAGUUAACCGAUUUAAAUUAUUGUCAAGAUUCUAUAAUUGAGGCCAUAUUAGAGACCGCUACCGAGACUGAGUUACAAAAGGAGUACGAUGAAGCAGAUGAGUACAAGCAUAGGUUUUUAACAGCCAAAUACUUGUUCACCGAACGUACCAUGGGUGAUAGUAAUUUAGUGCAAAAUUUGGUUGAUUGUGCGGUCCCGUCGGGUUCUUCUUCUAACGGUGAAAACAAGAGAUCUUAUAAGUUGCCGUCGAUAGAAAUUGUUAAGUUUAACGGAGACAUUCGUGAGUGGCUGUCUUUUUGGAGUUGUUUCAAGAAAAUCCAUGAGGACAAAAAUAUGUGCAAUGAAGACAAGUUCCAGUAUUUGAAACAAGCGGUUGUGCCGGACUCAAGAGCAGCGGAGUUAGUUAAAAGUUACCCACCAACUGGAAGCAAUUAUGAUAAAGUAAUAAGAAGUUUAAAGAGUAGGUUCGGUCAAGACGAACUUUUGAUUGAAGUUUACGUGCGUGAAUUGUUGCAACUUGUGCUGCAAAAUGCUAUUAAAGGACGUGGUAAUAUUUCACUUGCAAGCUUGUAUGAUAGAUUGGAAUCUCAUUUGAGGGCCCUGGAAACAUUAGGAGUUACCACGGACAAGUGCGCGGCGAUGUUGUACCCGUUAGUAGAAUCUUCCUUGCCGGAGGACUUAUUACGCGCGUGGCAACGCAGUGACGCUGGAAAACACAAUUCGGACGCGGAAGAUGGAAAACCGCGAUCCAAAGACAGACUCACCCGUCUUAUAGAAUUUAUCGAGAGGGAGGUACAAAGUGAGUUGCGAAUUUCGUUGGCGUUACAAGGUUUUAAUUUAGAUACUGGGCACGAAUCUGAUAUUAAGAAAUCUAAGCCGUAUAAAUUUAAUAGAAAUAUUCCGAGCGCGAUGGGUUUGUUAAUGACCAAAGGAAAAGACCACACCUGUAUAUUUUGCGACGCCAAAGAUCACGAGAGUGAGGGUUGCAAUAAAGCUAAAAGAAUGAGUUUAUCGGGUAAACAAGAGUGUGUGAAGAGAGCGCGUGCGUGUUUUAAGUGUCUUAAAAUCGGGCAUGGUUUCAAAACUUGUCGAGUCCGCGUAAAAUGUUCGCGAUGUGAACGAAGACACGUAAAUUUGAUGUGUCCAGAUGAGAAACCAAGAGAACAAAGGGAUGAAAUUGCGAGCGCAGAUACUUCCGCGCCAGUGCGGAAAGAGUUGAAUUGUAUCGCGAGCAUUUCCAAUAACAAAAUGGUGUUCCUGCAAACAUUAAAAGUAAAAAUUUACAGCGAUAAUAGAGAACUGAUUGCGCGCGUGUUGAUUGAUAGUGGAUCACAAAGAUCUUACGUGACGAAAGAUAUAAUCGAAAAAUUGGGUUACCAAUCGGUGGGUGAACAAAGAUUAAGUCAUAUGCUUUUCGGUGGCGGGCAGUCGGAAGUUGUCGCACACAAAGAAUAUCGCGUACGAAUGCAAAGUUUAGAGAGCGAUUUUGCGUGUAAUUUCGUCGCGCUGGACCAAGAGGUCAUUUGUGGUCGUAUAGAACCUAUUGAGAAUAAAAAGUGGCUUCACGAACUAAACGAAUUUAAUAUAAGAUUAACGGAUGUAUGGGACUGUGACGAUCCAAUAUCGAUUCUUAUCGGCGCCGAUGUUGCGGGAAAAAUAUUGACCGGUUGUCGUAAAGAACUGAAGAGUGGUUUAGUAGCGUUCGAAACGUUGUUAGGUUGGACCAUUAUGGGCGCAGUAAGAAAAGAAAAUGUACGGGAAAACUCUACUGUCGCCGCGAUAUCGUUGUACGUUAAAAAUUGCGAUUUGAAAGAUUUGUGGUCUCUAGAUGUGUUAGGUAUAAGAGAUCCUAUGACGUAUAGGACUUUUAAACAACAAGAAGAAGUGAUGUACAGAGAAUUCUUGGAAACCGUUUCUAUCAACAGUGAAAAUCGAUAUGAAGUACAGUUACCAUGGUCGGAAAACCACCCCCCGCUGUCCGACAAUAAAAGUGUUGCUAUUAAACGUCUACAAACUACUACGAAGAAGCUUAGGAUCGAAGGAAGAUAUGAAGCCUACGACGCGGUAUUCAAAGAAUGGUUAGCCGAAGGAAUCAUCGAACGUGUGUUAGACAAGGAGAUGGACAUUUGGGGACACUAUCUACCACACCGUCAUGUUGUUAAGGAACGUAGUACAACUGUAAUUCGACCCGUUUUUGAUGCCUCUGCCAAACAGCCUCCUUCGCCUAGUCUGAACGAAUGCUUACAAAAGGGACCCAAUCUCAUCGAGCAACUGCCUUCUAUUUUAUUGAGAUUCCGGGAAGAUCUUUGGAAGAGUCAGUUAUAGAACCCAUCACAAUCAUAAUAAACAACAUAGGAGCUACAAUACAUACUCAGAAAAGCUAAUAUCUUUUGGACUAACAAUGUAUCGUUUUGUUGGAAAAUGUCAACGUCUCAUACAUCUUUAUAAAGAGACUAAAACCAGGAGAUAAUACUUUGGGAUAAAGGACAAAGAAGAAGAUAAGGGAAAAGCAUUCCUUGAAGGUCCCAUUGGCAGGAGAAUAGAUAUAUCCUUAAAGGCCCUCAAAUGAAUAUGAAGAAUCCAACCAAAAAGCAUUCGUGUUAGUUUGUCCUUUUUGCUGUAAAAGCAAGUGCAUUUGGUCUGUUCUCAAACGGUUGUAUUUGAUGUCGUGGAUGAGAAGGAAUGGGAGGACGUUGGCAUCAAGACAGCCCCAGGGGGUAAUAAAGCCGUAGACAGGGUGUCUACUGGAACCGGUGUGUGUGCUAUACGCAAAUAGCUGAUCCACCUAAAACCUAAUGGUCAUCAAAAUAUCUAAGAUUUUCUUCUUUCGACAAGCUGCAUUACAACACCACAGCACACCAACGUCCGACCUGUUCAUCCAAUUUCUCGGAAUUGCCAUCGCAAGCGACAGAUCCAAUCAGAAAGGACUUGCUAUGAACUGGAGUUCCAAUAUCUACAAAAUAGAGCGCAAAUCUACAAGCUGAGG